GGGGUAUGCAGCAUGUUUGAUAAAAAAAAUGCAGUAACCUAGUCCUCCGGAUUGUUUUCACUCUCCUCAACGGUGCCGACUUGGCAAGACGAACCCCUGCCUCAGAAAAGCUCGUGGUCGCCGGCAAGCUGCACUUCCGACCACCGCCGUUGACCACCGCACAACAACCCACCUCUGCCAAUAGCAAGGAAUGGUGGGACUAUCUAUCGGUGAACAACAUUUCAUACAGGGUGGCAUUGCUCAAGACCUUCGUUCUGAUGGUCGGAAACGACUAACUUAUCGUCCUAUUUCUAUUGAAACUGGAGUUAUCCCUCAGGCCAAUGGUUCAGCAAGAGUGAAGUUGGGUGCAACAGAUGUUAUUGCUAGUGUGAAGGCUGAACUUGGAAAACCGAGCCCAUUUCAACCUGACAAAGGCAAGGUUUCCAUAUAUGUUGAUUGCAGUCCCACAGCAGCACCAGUUUUUGAGGGCAGGGGAGGUGAUGAGUUGUCAGCAGAACUCUCAACAGCUCUUCAGCGAUGUCUCUUAGGUGGUAAAAGUGGAACAGGAGCUGGAAUUGAUCUCUCAUCUCUCUCAAUUGUGGAAGGAAAAAUUUGUUGGGACCUGUAUAUUGAUGGUCUCGUGGUUAGCUCGGAUGGAAAUCUUCUAGAUGCAUUAGGCGCUGCCAUCAAGGCUGCUUUGAGCAAUACAGGGAUCCCUAAAGUCCAGGUUGCUGCCAGUGCCCCUUCUGAUGGACAGCCAGAGGUUGACAUAAGCGAUGAAGAAUUUUUACAAUUUGACACGUCGGGGGUCCCCGUCAUAGUUACAUUAACAAAGGUGGGUAGACAUUAUAUUGUAGAUGCAACAUCAGAAGAGGAAUCCCAAAUGAGCUCUGCUAUCUCUGUUUCCGUAAAUAGGCAAGGGCGUAUAUGUGGGCUGACUAAACGAGGGGGCGCUGGCCUCGAUCCAAGUGUCAUUCUUGACAUGGUGUCUGUUACUAAACAUGUAAGUGAGCAACUGAUGAACAAAUUGGAUUCCGAGAUUUCUGCCGCAGAAGCUUGCGAAGAGGAAUCAUGAGAGGGUUACAUUCCUGUAUUAUUAUUGUGUUUAGUAAUUUUAGUUAAUUCAAACUUGAUCGUGCUAUUGUUUUACUAGACGGCUUCUUAUAAGUUACUGAAUAGGAAGUUUAUCCAAAUCGGAUAAUGUUUUGUACUAUCAAUUUGCCCUGUUAACCACAUUUUGAAGAACAGUUCUGUAUUUUGAUUAGAUAUCUAUGGAAGCUAUUGAGUAAACCACUAUUUGUAUGAA